AGCUCUGUCUGUGUCGAGUUCAACUCGGGACCGACCGAGCGCGAGGGUCGCGCUGCCGUUUUCCGCCUUUGCGUGCAGCGUAACGUUUAGCGUAAGUAAGUAGCCUAGAGCUCGGGGCGGAGGGUUCGGAGAGGCUUAGUAUUUCCGGGUGAAAAUCACGGCAUUCUGCGCUCGGGCGUAAAUGGGGAAGCGGCCGGCGAAGAGGGAGGGGGAGCGCGAGGGUGAACAUAGAGGCUAGCGGAGUUGAGUGCGUGCGUUCGCCUCCCGGCAGAGAAAGCAGGAAGCGAACGAGCUCUGCCCACCUGCACCCGCUCCGUCGCGCGUGGCCAUCCGAAAAGACACUCGUGGAAAGACGCGGGGUUGGGCUCGAUCUUCUUGCCCUCUAGUUUAAUUCUUGUCAGUAGUGGCAUCCGCGGUCUCGCGGGGGCAUUAUCGCUGUUUGAGGCGUAAACAACUUUUUUCACAUUUCCGCAUUCAAGAGCUUGCGCCUGACUGGCUCGAGGAGCAACGCAUUUGUCGAGAUGUCCUCCCCUUAACCUCCAGAAUGGAGCCGCUGGGCACAAACUAGAAGAGCAGAGAGCAGGUCCGUAUGGUUGCAAGGCGACGUGCUCAUGCCUCCCGCCAUGACGGACGUGCUGGAUUUGUGGGCGGAGUUGGGCCAGGGAGAGGCGGAGCUUGUGACGGUGGACUUCCUGUUACCCACCGGCCUCUACAUCCAGAUGGAUGUCCCCAGAGAGGCCACCAUCCAACACAUCAAACUGCUGUUAUGGAAGCAGGCUGCGCAGUACCCGCUGUUCCCAGCGUUGGGUCAGAUGGAGGGGUGUGUGUUCGAGUGUGUGUCGUCAGCGGCGGUGCACGAGGAGUUGGACGACGAGAGCCGACGCCUGUGUGAUGUCAGACCCUUCCUGCCUGUCCUCCGGCUCCUGCGCCGCAGUGGCGCCGACAACCAGCGUGUGCUGUCCUCCAAGAUAGGCACGCUCAUAGGCAAAGGCUUACAGGAGUUGGAUUCGCUACCUGACCAGGAAGUGAAGGACUUCCGCCAGAAGAUGCAGCGAAUCAGCGAGGAGAAGCUGUUGCGCAUGCAGAUGAUGUCAUACUGGGAGUGGCUUCAGAGCUGCUUCAGCCCACAGAUGGAUGUGGCGCCUACUGAUGAUGUCAUUGACAAGCUGAUGGAGGGUGGAGUCAAAAUAACCAUACACUAUGACCAGUGUCAGGACACGGCCAGUGUGAGGGUGUGUGUGAAGAGUAAGGUGGAUCAGCUGGUGGACCAGGCCCUCAGGAAAUGGAGCUCCACCCACCAGCAGGAAGGUUGUCAUGACGACUACAUUCUGCGCGUCAGUGGCAAACUGGAGUUCCUGUGUGGAAAACACCCCCUUAUCCAGUACAAGUAUAUUCGUUUGUGUGUGUUGGCGCAGGAGACUCCUCACCUGACCCUCGUGCAUGUGGGCGUGGUCAAGGCCAUGUUCCAGAAGGAGCUGAACGUCAUUAGUGCUGCCCUCGGGCAGAGACCCGCCCACCCACCACUCCCUCUCAAGAAGAGAGCCGCCUCGCAGGUGCAGACAUGUGUGUGGGAUGUCCAGUGUCCUUUCAAGGUCAUCCUCGUACGGGGCAUCAAGGUCAACGCAGAGGAAACGGCAAAGGUGCAGGUGCGUGCGGGUCUGUUCCAUGGGGCGGAGCUGCUGUGUGUUCCGGUGGUCAGCGAGGAGGUGAGUGGCCGAGCGGAACACGCGUGGCGCCACACGCUGGAAUUCGACAUCACCGUGAGCGACCUGCCGCGCAUGACCCGCCUGUGCUUCGCCCUCUACGCCGUCUCACACAAGAAGAAGCAGAAGAGCACCAAGCACACACACAAGUACCAGACCAUCCGCAAGGCCGGCAAGAUGCACUACCCAAUAGCGUGGGUGAACACCAUGGUGUUUGACUACAGAGGUCAUCUGAAGACUGGGGACAUCCUGCUGCAUUGCUGGUCCUCAUUUCCUGAUGAGCUGGAGGAGAUGUUAAAUCCUAUAGGGACGGUGCAGACUAAUCCGUACACAGAGAACGCCACCACCCUCCACAUCCAGAUACCAGAUUACAGUCAGCAGUGUGUACUCUUCCCCCCUUUUGACAAGAUUCUGGAGAAGGCAGCUGAAGUAGCAAAAGGAAGUGACUGCCCACCUAUGACGGGCCGUGGCGGUAAGAAGUUCCAUAUUGAGCUGAAGGAGAUCAUGGAGCGAGAGCCGCUGUCCCAGCUGUGUGAGAACGAGAAGGACCUCAUCUGGACGCUCCGCUACGACUGCCGAGAGAACUUCCCCCAGUCCCUGCCCAAGCUCCUGCUGUCCGUCAAAUGGAACAAGCACGAGGACAUGGCCCAGCUUCAGGCCUUGCUGCAGAUCUGGCCACAGUUGAGUCCUCGGGACGCUUUAGAGCUGCUGGACUUUAACUACCCAGACCAGUACGUCAGAGAGUAUGCCGUCAACUGCCUACAAGACAUGAGUGAUGAUGAGCUGUCCCAGUAUCUGCUGCAGCUGGUGCAGGUGUUGCGCUAUGAGCCCUACUAUGACUGUGCUCUCACGCGCUUCCUGUUGGAGCGCGCUCAGAACAACCGCUUCAUCGGCCACUUCCUCUUCUGGCACCUCAGGUCAGAGAUCCACAUGCCGGCGGUGAGUGUUCAGUUUGCUCUGAUUCUGGAAGCCUAUUGCAGGGGCAGCAUCCCUCAUAUUGAGGUCCUAAAGAAACAGGUGGACGCCCUGAGUAAGCUGAAGGCGGUGAACGCGCUGGUGAAGACGGGGGCAGUGAAGACGAAGGCGCGCAGUAGGGACGGUCACCUGAGGGCGGCCAUGCUCACCUGUCUCCGCCAAAGCGGCUUCGCAGAGGCCCUCGCAGACAUCCACAACCCCCUCAGCCCCAAUGUGCUGCUCGCCUCAGUCAAUGUGGAGAAGUGUAAGUACAUGGACUCUAAAAUGAAGCCCCUGUGGAUUGUCUAUGAUAACAAGCUGCUGGGAGGCGACACCUUGGGCAUUAUCUACAAGAACGGAGAUGACCUCAGACAGGACAUGCUUACACUUCAGAUUCUGAAGCUGAUGGACAUGCUAUGGAAGGAGGCCAACCUCGACCUCAGGAUCCUUCCGUAUGGUUGCCUGGCAACGGGUGACCGUUCCGGCUUGAUAGAAGUGGUGAUGUCAGCAGACACAAUCGCCAACAUCCAGAAGACCUCCAGCAACAUGACGGCCACCGCUGCAUUCAACAAGGACGCGCUGCUCAACUGGCUUAAAGAGAAGAACUCCGGGGAGGCCCUGGAACGUGCAAUAGAGGAGUUCACUCUGUCAUGUGCUGGCUACUGCGUGGCCACCUACGUACUGGGCAUUGGCGAUCGCCAUAGCGACAACAUCAUGGUCCGCAGCACAGGACAGCUGUUCCACAUUGACUUCGGUCACAUCCUGGGCAACUUUAAGUCCAAGUUUGGCAUCAAGCGCGAGCGUGUGCCGUUCAUUCUCACGCACGACUUCAUCCACGUCAUUCAGCAGGGCAAGACCACCAAUACCGAGAAGUUUGGCAGUUUCAGGCAGUACUGCGAGGAAGCCUAUCUGGUGUUGCGGAGGAACGGAAACUUCAUCAUCACUCUGUUUGCACUCAUGCUAACCGCAGGCCUCCCCGAACUGACCUCUGUUAAGGACAUCCAGUACCUGAAGGACUCCCUGGCGCUGGGGAAGACUGAGGAGGACGCUCUGAAGCAGUUCCGCCAGAAGUUUGAUGAGGCGCUGAGAGAGAGUUGGACCACCAAAGUCAACUGGAUGGCACACCACCUUGCACACGCCUCCUAACACACACACACACACACACACACACACCACCUUGCACACGCCUCCUAACACACACACACACACACACACACACACACACACACACACACCACCUUGCACACGCCUCCUAACACACACACACACACAC